AUGGAAGAAUCAAAAGCAGCCAACUCUCCUAAGGUUCGUGUCCUUGAAUUCAAUGUUAAUGUAAUUCGUAUUCCUGUUUCUGGGUUUGUGAUUCUUGUAUUCUUGAAUUGGUUGCUUUUCUUAAUCUGGACGAAAUGUACAAUUCAAAAGCUUCACGCUUCUGUAUUUGAGGAGAUAAUCAUCCGCCUCCCCAUCCCUGAUAUCAAUCAAUGUAAACUUGUGUGCAAAGCCUGGUGCCAGAAGAUCAAAGAUGUAAACUUUGUGAGAAGGGUUAAAGCAGAGCAUGGAACAAAGACAAAAGUUUGUGUGCAUGCAAAUUACACAAAUCCUGCUGAUGUUCUGACGUUGAAGGUGGAUGAUGAGCAGACUAUCACCACCGAGACAUAUGUUGCUCCUCUGCUGUCGGUGGAUUCUCCUCGCAUCAUAGGUUCUGUCCUUGACAUUGUGCUGAUUUGUAGUGAGGGAAAGAACCAGGACUACCUUUACAUGCUCAAUCCAAUCAAUCAAACCUGCAGGAGGAUUGCAGAUGAGUGUCCACAGGCCUCUGGACAGCUGUAUGGCUUUGGAUAUAACAAAGUAGAGGGUGAUUACCUUAUUGUGAAAGUGGUUCAACAGGUAGCUGAUGAUGAAUUUGAACAGCAUACUUGUGCUUUCAUUUUCUCUCUCCAAAGAGAGACAUGGAGAAGGAAGAGACUCAGGAAUUUCAAGCUUGGUCUGUCACAAUAUGUGGGCAGUUAUGGAGAAAGGUUGUAUUUCUGUGAUUUCUUGUGUGAAAAUCUGGUAACAUUCGACUUGAGCAUGGAGGAUAUCAAGCUGAUUCCUCUGCCACCGGAAUUGGAAGGACAAGUUCUUACAUUUGGAGUUGCGAGGGAGAGGCUUGGACUUGUGGAAGCGAUAGAAUUGCUGCUUAUCUGCUGCCGUAAUCCAGGGGAUGGUACCUCAAGUCUGUGGAGGCUUAAGAAGAAAAACAGUGUGGAUUUAUUUGAAAAUCUUGCUGUGUGGGAUGAUCUGAGAGUAUUGCGGUCACUCUCUUAUUUGAGUGGUGAUCCUAAUAGAAUUCUGCUUCUGGAAGAUAGAAGAGUUAUUCAGGAAGGAGAAUAUGGUGGGAUAUCUGCUGUUGGAUUGUGCACUACCUCAGUGUCUGCUGCUCUCAAAGAUAGAGUUGUAACAAUCCAGGCUGGUGGUAAAAGAAAGAGGGGAGAUCACACUGAGUAA